GCGUUCGAAAGUGUGCAUGAGCCGUAAGGGCGUGUACCCUUGAAAGGGCGAUUUUGAGUUUUACAGCACUAAUCCUAAGUUUUAUAACUGGUCAUCUAAAGCUGAACUUCAUUUUUGACGUAUGCCAUCCAAACAACUAAGAUGAAAUUAAAUUUCAAAAACUGAGGCUAUUAAACGAUAGAAAUGCCACUGUAUGAGCAUUUGCUAUCUAAACACAAGGAUUAGGUAGUUGGGUUGUAAAGCUAUCCAAUUAUGGACUAGUUUAAGACGUUACAAUCCUCCGGACCACUGAACAACAAUAUAAAAUUUUGUUCCAACCCUUCUAUCGCUGUAUAUAUUUCGUCUUGUCCUGCUAAUAAUCUCACCGUAUUUGUAAAUGCAUGACCAGAAGAUCACGACAGGGAGGGAGAAAAGCAGCGAAUAAAAUUUCCUUCUGCCGUGCCACGACACAGCCUCCUCGAUUUUCGAGUAGCGAGUCCUGCUCCAAGCCCGUGCGUGUAACGUUUUAUAGAUCAGUGUCCAGCAGAAGCUCUGGAAUGAUAUCCCGUUCACAUUGCUCUGAGACUCUCACUCGCAUUGCGUUGCUCUAAAGUUCAGCUUUAUUAGCCUGCAAAUAAAAUCCCAAAUCCGGGUGAAAGUCUGCUCAGUUGUCUUGUCUCGUUUUCGCUAGAAACUUGCUAACGGAGAUACUCGCAUUGGCACACACACAAAAGUUCUCACUUUUCGCCGGUAUAUUGCGUCUUGCUAUAAGUUUUUGAGAAAGUGCUUUCUAAAACUCUUAAUAACAUUAUAUAAAAUUACAUACAAAAUUAACAUUCCAUUAGGUUUCGAGUUUCCUAUUACAUCUUACAGCCUAUUUAAACGUUAUUCCGGUUACGUAUAUAAAACUGUUAUGCUACACUGCAUGUGCUAAGUUAAUCCUUCCAAGUAAAAUAAUACACAGUUAAUAAUAAGAAUAACAAAAGUAAACAAUUCUGUUCCUCUUACAUGUAAAAUAUAUAGAAAUACUUGAGAUUAGUAUUGUUUGCUCAGCUUAUUAGAUCAAGCAACGCCAAACCAACAUUUCUACACAGCAUCGUCCUAUGUACUUUUACGUGAGCAGGAAGAUCAUUAAGUAUGAAUAAGAUUUAGAGCCCAGGAUGAAAACUUUGCAAUCUGCACUAAUUAGUCCGGUGUAUCAGGAAGUUUGGAUAAUUCAUGCUAGCUACAAUUUCUAGGUUUAAACUCCACUUGCCCCACAUGGUCUGACCUCGCCUGGAGCAUAUUGGAAUCCGUCUUCAACUGCAGGGAACAAAGGAAGUAAAACAUUUACAAGUUCAUAACUAAAAAGUACAACUCACAUAACAAUAAUCGUUAGAGAGAUAAUAACGAUAAAGCAGAAGUUGGACCGUUUGGCUGCUGCUACAUACACUGAAAAUAUUACGGAAGUGUAAAUUGUGAAAGUGUGAACGAGCAGAUUUUAAGGGGAAAUCCGGUUCACGCUACUCUGUCUGCCACGAGCAGUACAGAGCUGUACAUCAGAGAAGUGCUUUUCCCGUGCUGUGAAGGACAUGACAUGAGGAAAACUUGGAGAACCACCUUCACUCUUGGUGGAGGUGGAUCUACGACACACUUAAAAUUAAAAGAUCACAGGAAGUGUGUUCAAGAAACCAUAAGUAAUAGUGCAAAAUCUGGGUCAUGGAUGCACAAACGACACCAUUUGAGAACCAAACAUCAAGGAAGAACUUUAUGGGGAUUGCCCGUGUUUGUGAUUUUAGCACUGACCUCCCUUACCGGUCAUGCGAUUAAUCCAGGCUGUCGGUGCAUCAGAUUUGCGACGACAUUUGGAAAGGAAUGGGGUGCAUUUGUUAGCCCAGACUUUCCUGGAGAGUACCAACGCGGAAAUGAAGCAACGGGGGAACAUGCCCCCUCCCCCCAACGGGGAAUUCCUUGUCUCCUCUACCUAUUUUCAGCCCCUGUCGACUACAUCGUUCAACUCAACUUUAGCCACAUUAAUCUCCCAGCACCACAAAAUGGGUGUCAUUCUGGUGACUAUCUUAAGCUUUUCCUUCAUCUCGACUCCGAAGGUGUAAAUGAAUCCACGCCAUGGAAUUCUUUAAUAUGUGGUGAAAGGUCAAACAUUACUUUGUGGUCCAAAGGAAGACACCUCGUAAUUCAAUUUCAUGCAGCCGGAUCCGCCUUCGCCGAAUCUAGAAAGUCUACUGGACCACUAGGCUUUCACGGAUUUUUUCGCUUUCUUAAUUCAAGUCAGUUCGAGUCUAACGGACGAUUGGUAGCGGGAACAAAAUGUGAUUACAAAUUCGAAAGUAGAAAUUAUUCAUCGCCGGAAGGAAAAUUCUUUUCGCCGUAUUAUCCAUCCAAUUAUCCACAUAACGUCAUGUGUACCUACAUGUUUCGUGCCAGAUUACAUGAGAGGGUGAAAGUUGUAUUUGAAUCGGUGGCCUUGGAGGCAGCGGUGUAUAGUUGCUUGAACAAAACAGACAUGAUUCGUGUGCUUGACGGACCAAACUCACGCUCCCCCGUGAUUGCCCUAAUUUGUAAUACUGUAACGGAUUACGAGAUACUGUCCAGUGGCCAAGAGUUAAGAAUUGAAUUCAUCGGGAAUUCUGAUGAGACAGGAAUGGGAUUCAGGGCCAAAUUUCACUUCAUUAAAGUAAUUUACGACGAUUUUUCCGAUCCAUACGACCCUAUGCGAUUCAAUUUACAGCAGUACUUCCCCAAAAUGGACAUUCCCAAGCCAGUGGGGGAAGAUGGUCAAGAGCCUCAAGCCUCCACUUUAGUUCCACAAUGCGACGAAGUUAUUCACUCUGACACUGCAAGGAAUGGCACUUUCUCUAGCCAUGGAUAUCCGAAUCCCUACCAGCCGAAAUCUCACUGCAGAUUCGACUUUAUUGGACAUGGGAGACAACGAGUUCAAAUAUCUUUUGUAGACUUUCACUUAUUUCACACGGAUGAAAAACUGUACAUCCCAAGACUUCACUCUAGAAACUCAUCCGAGAAUGGAGAUGGUGACUCAAAAUGUGCCUUUAGUGACACUAUCUCUGCCUUCGUUUAUAUGAAUGGAGUGCGAGUUCGUAUUUUAGAACACUGUGGUUUAAACCCUCCACCAGAUAUGAUGUCUAAUGACCAUCGGUUUACAUUAGAAUUCAAUGCCAAAGCGUCCACGACCACGCCACCUUUUCGUGGGUUUUACGCGCAUUAUGCUUUUGUGGAAGAUUUCGGGGUGAAAACUGGUGGUCUUCAAGCGAUUGAAUACCCGUGUGCAUUCAUUUUUAACAUAUCAUCUCAUCCCAAUGGAACCAUUUCGUCCCCAAAUUUUCCAGGAAUAUAUCCCAGAGCCACUGAGUGUCACUACUUUUUUCAUGGAAAUGACGAAAAAGGAGCCGUCGAACUGUCCUUUGACUAUUUUGACAUUGCUGGAAGUUAUCCAUGCGACAAGGAGUGGGAUGAUUACGUGGAAUGGGGCGACUACUCUUUUAUGCCGACAGACUCCAGAUUUUGGAGGAGGUGUGGUUACAUAUCCAGUCCUAACCUUCGGAUCAGUGGUGGAGGUCCGCCAGCCAAGUUUCUUAGGUUAACUUUCAGAUCGAAUGAUAGAUGGGCAGAUAGGACCGGAUUCCACGCGAGCUUCACCUUUACUCGACAAAUAAAUCACGUCACUUCAUCCACUUUCAGCAAUGGUGGAAGAAAUGUCAUAUUUCCCAACAAACAGACCACUCCGUUAUUACUAUUCUUCUUGGGUGUGAUAAAGGUGAUGGGAUGUUUGAUGAGCCGUUUGUUGCCUUCAUCAUAAAUACAUAUAGCAAUUGAUGAACCAAUGAUACGAUCUACGGUGAGGAUAUACAGUGAUACAUACACAAUUAUAGCAAUGGUGCUGUUAACGACUGAUUAGGUGCGGACUUUCUAGUUUUAUAUAGAGCACAUAUUUAUAUAUGUAGACUACGUAUUAAAUUAACUUGUGUAACUAAUUAAUUGAAAACAUAAAUAAAUAUUAAAACUGUG